GUCACCGGAGCGGCUUGUGCGGGGCCGAGCGGCGGGGCUGGGCCGGUACCUCCUCCGCCCUGCCCUGCCGUGCUGCCGGUGACCCCUGGGAAGUACAACCCGGCCGGAGGAAGCGGCGAUAGCGGCGCCUGCGAAACGCCAGCGAAGCUCAGAUUCAAAGAUCACAAACUGCCCUGUAAAAACAAGCCAGGAAAACAAUCCUACGUGGCAACAAUGAGGUGUUUUCACUUCUGUAAGCUUCCAGGAAGAGUUAUGGGGAUCCGCCUACUGCGCUUCACCUCUGUGGUGAUCAUCGUCUUGCUUCUUGUGGCAGGUGCUUUAACAGCUUUGCUUCCCACUAUCAAAGAUGACAAAUUACCCAACUCGAGAAGAGAACCAAAAAGCCAGACUCAGUCUGCCCUGGAUUCAUUCACUCUUAUUAUGCAGACAUACAACAGAACUGACUUACUGCUAAAGCUUUUAAAUCAUUAUCAAGCAAUCCCCCACCUACAUAAAGUAAUUGUUGUGUGGAACAACAUUGGUGAGAAGACACCAGAGGAAAUGUGGAAUUCCUUGGGGCCUCAUCCAGUCCCUGUUGUCUUUAAAGUGCAAACUGUAAAUCGUAUGAGAAACAGACUGCAGAAUUUCCCUGACCUGGAAACAAAAGCUGUUUUGAUGAUGGAUGAUGACACACUAGUCAGCGCCCAUGACCUUGCAUUUGCCUUUUCCGUUUGGCAGCAAUUUCCAGAGCAUAUAGUGGGAUUUGUUCCUAGAAAGCACAUUUCUACUCCGUCAGGCGUGUACAGUUAUGGCAGCUUUGAACUGCAGAACCCUGGAUUUGGGAAUGGAGAUCAGUAUUCCAUGGUGCUUAUUGGUGCAGCGUUUUUUCACAGUGGUUAUUUAGAAGACUUUCAACAGCAGCCAGAAGCAGUUUACGCCUUAAUAGAUGAAACUCAAAACUGUGAUGAUAUUGCCAUGAAUUUUCUGGUAGCCAAGCAUACUGGAAAGCCUUCAGGAGUGUUUGUGAAGCCUGUUGACAUAAGAAAUUUAGAAAAAGACACUAACAGUGGCUAUUCUGGAAUGUGGCACCGAGCAGAGCAUUUGUUACAGAGAUCCUACUGUGUAAAUAAACUUGUUAAUAUUUAUGAUGGCAUGCCCUUAAAAUAUUCUAAUAUCAUGAUUUCUCAGUUUGGUUUUCCUAAUUAUGCCAAUCACAAAAAUAAAAUGUAAGCCAAUGAGUUUAAGGUGUUAAAUGUUAAACAAUACUCAGUGAAUUGUACUGAGUUCAAGGAGAGAAGGUGGUGUAAUUACUGCAUCUUGGCCAUCCCUCUUUGUAGCCUCUGAUUUUGUCUCCACUAAGCUUUUUAUGUAUUUUCUUUCCUUUCUAAUUCACAAAGGUAAGUUUUGAGAAAACCUAAAGAAUAUAUAAUCAUGCUUAGCUGUGAUAAAAUCAUUCUCUUUCCUUAAAACCUGAAAAGCUACUCUAAUUAAUUAGGUCAGUUCUUCAGAAACAUGCAGACAAAAAUGCACUCCUGCACUCCUGUUCUUCAGAUCUUAACUUUUGGAUUUUUUUCCCCUUGAAUAUACAUAUCCAGUCAAAUGAGGUCUAGGCAUAUUUGUGACAGUUAUAUUUUGAGAUGCUUCCUUGCCUUCCCACUCCUCACCUGCUCCUACCCAGUUUCCAGUGAAGCUGUAGAAGAGCUACAGUGAACUGCUGGCCAGGCUUCUGGCCUCCUGUACAAACCCUCUUGAAGUUUGUAUAUAAGCUACUCGGUCUUCUGAGAUUUCUUGGAGCUGCUAUGAAAGCCAGAAGAGUACCUCACCUUAAUCUGAGAUAGUCCUUAAACCAUUGCCUACAAUAUCUACUCUUGCUCAGUUAAUGGAAAAUGAUCUCUGAUGUGGCUUUUUUCUCUAUUAUUGAUUUGCCUGGAGUUGCUGAAACACUGCAAGCAGCUGAAAGGAAAAUCCUAUAGGUUGGAAAUAUAAGAAACAUGGAAUAUGAAGCUUAUAUAAGCAGCCAGAAGAGGAUGGAAUGUUACUUAUUAAUAUUCUCUUUAGCACUUACUUUAAUUUUGAUAUUUUGCAUAUACAUUGUUACAAACAUGCACCCAGGAAAAUCCUCAAUUAGUUAAAAAUUUCUCAUUUGCAGUUCCUAGUAAGAGCAGGGUCUUUAACAUUUAUUACAGUGUACAUUUUGUAACUUUACAGGUCUACUGGUUUUUAGCUACUCUUUCAAUGAGUAUUUACUUUUUAGUUCCUUUUUCCCUCUGUUUUUUGUGGCUAUGACAACAGAAUUAAAAUGUACAAUAAAUGGGUAAAGCAUUAUGAAAAAAACUAUUUUAAGGUACAGUGAUAUUUGGCAGGGAUGGGCUGUUAUCAGUCUCUGAACUCCCUGACUUUAUUUCUAGCAAGAAACAGAGCUGCUGUUAAUGGCUGUUGUUGGACUGGGACUCUGUAAUUCUGGAAACCUUCUAUUGACAUAGGCAGGGCAAACCUUUUCCCAUGAAGUUGCAGAAAGGUUGGGCUUUUUUUUUGUGGUUUUUUUUUUUUUUUUUUUGUGUGUGUGUGUAUGGAGGAGAGACUAAAAGACAGUGAUUUUCCUGGGUCACAAAAUCAGAUUUGGCAUCCAAAGCAGAUUUAGUUUCAUCUGCAUCAGCUUUUAAUUGAUUCUUAGAAUCAGUUCAAAGGUAGCUGUGGGCAGCCAGUCACAGCUAAUGCCUAGUACAUAAAUAGCAUCUGCACAAAUGGUAUAUAAUUCCAUCCCUUUUUUGUAAUAAGUUAGCUGAAAAAAAGAGUGAAAAUACGACAAGUUCUUUACAGCAGGGUGUGAGUCUUUGGGGGGAAUGAAGGAAUCUUUUGCCCUGUUCUACCAGUAUUAAAGGAUUUGAUUUCUGUUCAGUGAAGUCUUCCUAGUACUUUUGUAAGAUUCAAAGGGCAGAAUCUUAACAUGGCAAUGUAAACUCUGCUUAAUUUUGUUGUAAUAGUGAAAAGUAGUUUUUAAUUAUUGUGCUGUAGUGCUAAGUAGUAUACAAACAGGUCUAUGAUCUUUCCAGAAGUGCAAAUUUCCAUGAUUUCUGUUCUGUGCAGUAUCAGCUAGAGUUGUGAAGACUCACAGUUGUUGUUAACCUUAUUUUUGAAAUGUGAAAUGAACUGUCAACUCAGCCAAACCUUAGUAUUGGGCUCUUUGUUGGAGUGAAGGAGUUGUUUUGGUUUCUUCUGUAUCAGUGAAAGAAUUAAUAGAACAAGCUUUUAAUGAUACUGUUAAAUUUAAUUUGCACCAUUGUAAAAUAAAAUACAGAAAGCAGA